CAACCAACCUAUACAUACAAACUCAUAUAUAUACAUCUGUAUAUAUAGAGACAGACAUAGAUACACGCAGAUAGAGAUAUAGAGCGAGAAAGAGAGCCUAAAUUUGAGGAUGAAAUUCACAAGAAUGGGAUUCCUCCUCAUCUUCUUCCCCGAAGAACAUCAUCAUCAUCAACAACAUCAGCAGCAAUCAAUUCCGCCAAAAAAAUCCCCAAAUUUCACAAAUACCUUUCAAUCAUCCUCAAAUCUUCUGCUCGGAAAAGCUCAAUCCACAAUCUCCAUUUGCUUGCUCCUCCUCUUCCUCACCGUCCUCCUUUUCACCCUCACCACUCUCCCCAACACCGCCCCCUCCGCCGCCGGCGCCGCCUCUCGCCGCCGUCUCCUCCUCCACCACCACCAAACUGUACAAACCUCCUCCAAUCUUUCACACGCCUUGCAGAAAAUGGGAGCGCUUUAUAGGCGCGGAAACAAAGCUAUGAACGACGUCGUUGUGGCGCACGUGCCUGAGGCGGUUACCUCGCACGUGCUUAAGCUCUUUCUCCGGCUUUUUUUCCGGUCCAGCCUCGCCGCCAGAUCGGAUCUCGUCCUCGUCUUCCCGGCUCGGCGACUUGAUUUCGACGACGUCGUUUUACACGAGAGUGAUUUGUUUCUCAAGCUGCUGGAUCGGUACGCCGAGGAAUUUAACAACACCGGCGCCGCCGCCUUCGACGUCGGCAAUUUUAUGAAAUUGAACAGAAAGGAGAAGGAAAUUCAGGAACCGAUUUGGGGAAGAAGAAGCUUUAACUACAGCGGAGAACCGGUUGACUCGAACCGGCCGAGUUACGGGUCGGUGGUCGGUUUCGACGUCGACGAACUCGACCCGGAGAAUUCACUCUCCGGUUUCCUCGACCCGGUUCCGAUGAGUCUCCGUCGGUGGGCGGUUUACCCGAUGCUACUCGGCCGGGUCAAGCGGAAUUUCAAGCACAUAUUGUUAAUCGACGUGAAGGAGAUUCUCCUGACCGGGGAUCCGCUCGGCCGGUUCAGGAGUCUGAGCCCCGAGUCGGUUCUUCUGAAGCACAUAAGCCAGCCGGUUUCCGGGAAGCACGGCCGGCGCGGUCCGGCCCGGCCGCGGCAGGUUCACGCCGGAAUUGUGAUCGGCGGCGCGAAAGGAGUUCGCCGGUUAGCGAAUGAAAUGUUGACGGUGAUCGUGAGGGCGGCGAUGGGGCAGAGGAAGAAGAAGAAUCCGGUGACGGAGGCGGCGGUUUUCAACCAGCUCGUCGGAAACGGUUAUUUUUUGAAGAACGUGGAAUUGGUUCCGGCGAGUGAGUCGGCGCUGCCCGAGUUGAGUCAACUCGGAGUUGGGCAGUUAGGGGUAAAAUCGGGUUUGGGGAAUUACAGUGUGGUUAGGAGAGCUGAAGGGGGCGUGCAGCUGUGUCAGUGCCAACUGUCACCUUGGAUGGCUCACAGUCAGAUCACAGCCGCAGAUUUGACCUUCUCUUAAUCUUAAGUGAAAUAAUCUGAUCCGUCCAUUUUCAAUCACCUCACAUGCUGUAGUGUUGUCGCCUGUGAUCUUUCAUCAAUAUAUAUACCGCCUGUCACCCUCUUCAGAAUUAUGGCAAUUAAGGAUUAAAU